CAGACAGGCAGAGAAAGAGAGAACCACCCCCACCGGUCCGGCUGACGGCUGUGCCUCUCCUCUUCUAUUCUCCCUACACCUGUCUGUCCAACCCGAUACCAACUACAGUACUACACUUUAUUCUUCCUUCCUUGAUUACCUACCCUACCCCACCUUCCAUGGCCGUCUCCUUCCGCUCCCUAUCCCCUCCCUUAAAUUUCUCUUCCCCCUCCUUCCCUCCCCGAUCGCUGUUCCUGCCUUUGACCACCGCUUCUCCACCACACUCCGCCCUUCCUCGCCGCUAUUCUAGUUCUACCACACGCCUUAAUUACGGAACAAAAACAACGAAGGCAUCCAUGGCUGAGAUCAUAACUCCCAAGAGCAGAGGUAAGGUCCUCGUCUUCGACUCCGACGAAGAUCUCGCUACAUCUCUCGCCAAAUACACCACCGAUCUCGCCACCAAUCUCUCUCAACAAAAGGACUCCUUCACUGUCGCUCUUUCUGGUGGCUCGCUUGUUAAAUCUCUCAGGAAAUUAGUGGAGCAACCAUACAUUGAUUUGGUGGAUUGGUCGAAAUGGCAUGUGUUUUGGGUGGAUGAGAGAGUGGUGCCGAAGGAUCAUCCUGAUAGCAAUUAUCUCCUGGCUUACAAUGACUUUCUGUCCAAGGUCCCAAUUCCCUCCGGUCACGUGUAUUCCAUGAAUGAUGCCUUGUCGGCAGAGGGUGCAGCCGAUGAUUACGAAACAUGUCUGCGGCAUCUGGUGAAAACUAAAACAAUCGAUCAAUCUGAGAGCGGUGGAUUUCCGAAAUUUGAUCUCAUGCUGAUGGGCAUCGGCCCUGAUGGCCACAUUGCAUCGUUGUUUCCCGGACACCAUCUUCUUCAAGAAAGUCAGAAGUGGAUUACUUCUAUUAAGGAUUCUCCCAAGCCUCCGCCGGAAAGGAUUUCCUUCACCCUUCCUGUCAUUAAUGCCUCAGCAAACGUUGCCCUCGUCGUCACAGGUUCAGGUAAAGCCAGUGCUGUCCAUACGGCCCUGAGCGAUGUGUCGAAUUCUGAGGUACUUCCAGUGCAAUUAGUCUCCCCAGAAGGGGAGUUGACAUGGUUUUUGGACAAGGAGGCAGCAUCAAAGCUGUAGAGAGGGUUCUUGGCUGUCUGAAAUUCGCGAAGAAGAAGAGAUCAAUUUCAAUCAUAUCCAGAAGCGUCUUCUUCUUCUUGUUGUCGACUAGUCUGUCCAAUAAUGGAUAAUUUGCAUCACUUGUGCUUUGUUUCCUUACAGACAUGACUUAAGGUUGCUCCAUGGCUAUCAUUUUGAGUGCUUCCCCUGUA